UCUCUCUCUCUGCUCUGUAUUCAUUCAUAAAUAAGACAUCUUGUGCGGAGGAAGCUCAUCUGUUAGCAUCAUAUUCUUCAUCCAGUGAACCGGAUGUGAAGGUGGAGCAGGAGCCCGACCCCCUCACCUCCUCUGCGGGCGGACAGUGAGCCAGGGGGCCGAUGGAGCGGAGCUGACUUCCCGGGGCUGACCCCUUCACUUGCGGGCCGACAGGAGGCAGCUCGGUCCAGCCCACCACAGUCCGUCGAGCACCGACAACAUGCCCGUUUCCUCGCAGGGUUUGCUGUUCUCUACUCGCUUCCGCUCAGCACAAGUCCUCCCGGAUUAAAGAGCCCGCCGACUCCUUCCUGCUUCAACCCUCCGCUCGCUUCUCGAUUCUAAACAAAUGUAAAUAGGCCAGAGAGGAGCCGAGGAGCGGGGACAGGCUGAUGGAGCAGCAGGGAGACAUGGCAGCGAAAGACGACGUGUACGCCAAAGUGACCCCGAGGAGGCAGCGCCAGAGCCGGCCGAGCACCGUCAAGCACGGGUCCUCUCUGGACGUGCUGCUGUCCAUGGGCUUCCCCAAGACCAGGGCCUUGAAAGCUCUGGUUUCAACAGGAGGCAAAAACGUGCAGGCAGCUUGUGACUGGCUCUUCUCCCAUGUGGACGACCCUUUCCUGGACGACCCUCUGCCCAGAGAAUAUGUGUUGUAUCUGCGACCCAGCGGGCCGCUGCUGCAGCAGCUCUCACUCUUCUGGCAGCAGUCCCGCCUCUCCUGUGGCAAGAAUAAAGCGCACAACAUCUUCCCCCAUAUCACCCUCUGCCAGUUCUUCAUGUGUGCCGACGGGAAGGUGGACGCUCUGUCCGAAGCUCUCCAGACCACAGUGGCCAAGUGGAAGGGUCGCAUACCGAUGCCCCUCCCCCUGGAGCCCUACACCUCCUCGAGCUUCAUCGGCCUCUUCGUGGAGGAGCAGGUGGCCGAGGUGCUGAAGAGUUUCGCUGCUGAUUUUGCCACAGAAGCAGAAGCUAAAGCAGAUGUUCAUGUGGAGCCCCACAAGAAACAACUCCAUGUCACUUUGGCGUACCACUUCCAAGCCAGUCACCUUCCAAUUUUGGAUAAGUUAGCCAAAAACGUGGAUGUGACUUCUGGCUGUGACUGGCUGUCUGUGCUCUUCUCACGGGACAUUCGAUUUGCGAACCACGAGACACUGCAAGUCAUGUACCCCUACCUGCCACAGAAUGAUGAUGAGCUCGAGCUGGUGACGGGGGACUUCAUUUUCACGUCUCCGGUGGAGCAGGGCAGUGCCAGCGAGGGCUGGGUGUACGGCUCGUCGCUGAGCACGGGGCUGUCCGGCCUGCUGCCCGAGAACUACGUCAACCGUGCUGAUGAGUCGGACACCUGGGUUGUUCACGGGUCACACUCCCUCCUCAACUGUGCCUCUCCAUCGAACUCUGUCAGCACUGUGGGCAGGUUGUUGUUUGAUGGACAGAUCAACGACAGUCUACUGGACAGUCUGGUGGAUCCUCCCAGCCUCGCCGGCCUCUGUCCUCCCCUGCAGGUGUCGAGGCCAACGAGUCAGUCCUCCCUGUCUAAUAUGAGACUGUUUGUGUGUCGCCAUGGGGAGAGGAUGGACGUGGUGUUUGGGAAACACUGGGUCACUCAGUGCUUUGACUCCAAAGGUCGAUACGUUCGCUCUAAUCUCAACAUGCCGUCCAGCCUGCCGCCCAGAGCCGGGGGUCAUCGGGACUAUGACAAAGAUUGUCCAAUUACAGUGUUUGGCUCCACCCAGGCUCGUCUUGUGGGUGAAGCUCUGUUGGAAAGCCACACAGCGCUAGACUUCGUUUACUGCUCUCCUUCUCUCCGCUGCGUUCAGACAGCUCAGCACAUUGUGCAGGGUCUCCAGCAGGAGGGAAAGACAAAACUCCGGGUGGAGCCUGGUUUGUUUGAAUGGACCAAGUGGGUUUCGGGCACGUGUUUACCCAGCUGGAUCCCCCCGGCUGAGCUGGCUGCUGCUAACCUGAAUGUGGACACAACAUACAGACCUCAUAUUCCUGUCAGUAAGCUGGUGGUUUCAGAGUCUUACGACACCUACAUCAGCCGGAGCUUCCAAGUGACUCGAGAGAUCCUGGCCGAGUGCAAGAACUUAGGAAACACAGUCCUGAUCGUGGCCCAUGCCUCUUCCCUGGAGGCCUGCACUCGCCAGAUGCAAGGCCUGAGUCCCCAGAACUCAAAGGACUUUGUCCAAGUUGUCCGAAAGAUUCCUUACUUGGGUUUUUGUGCAUGUGAAGAAAUGGGAGAGACGGGGGUGUGGCAGUUGACUGAUCCACCCAUCCUGCCUCUGACACAUGGACCCAACCACAGUUUCAACUGGAGGGAGAUGUUAACACAAGACUGAGGGAUGCGCUGUUUGGCUCACUGUCUUUCAGCUAUCCCUGAACUGCUGAAAAAGUAUUUAUUUUUUAACUCACACUGCUAUAAAUCCAGCCCAACGACCAAAAAAAGCAAACCUAACUAUGGCUUCUGUCAUCAUGCAAAAGAAAAUAUGCAUAACGCGAGACAAACGUACGGCUCAGGAAAGAGAAAACCCAGUUUUGUUUGGAGAUCACAGCCAAAAAAAAGGAGCUAUAGGUCGGUGGCAUGGCCGUCAACAUUCCUCUUCUUUGACCCAAAAUGCAGAGGUGCAGCCAGAAUAUCGGGAGAUUGCUUGAAGGUUGCUGAUGAGCCUGGUUUUAGGCCACGAGAAGCUGCGGCGUGAAGCCCCCGUCUGUGGCUCCAGCUCAGGAGGAAAGGGCUGAUGAAGACUCUGCUCUGCUGCCUUCACACACACACUGUGACAAGAGUUCAAUGAGAGGACUUGUACCACAGAAUUAUUUUUCCAUGUGUUAUAAUUUCACCCAUAGCUGUGACCCUCCUGCAGAAGAAAAAGCACAAAAGAAAUGUUGACAAUCAGAAACGGGAGAACUGAUCUUCAUUAUUUCCGGUGCAGAGGUGGGAAGAUUAUCACAAAUGUUUUAUCCCUGUAAAUGUCAUAUCAUUAAGAGAUCCCUCUAAGUUAACAUGUGUGCGCCCACGUGAAUCCUUUAAGCUUCCUGUGAGGUCGUGGUCUGCAGGCGAUAUGUGGAGGCAAUGCAGUUUCUAUUACAAACUUAGAAAUCAAUAUAAUGAAAUGGAUUGUUACUUGAUGCAUUGACUAAACCUUGUUGCUUGUUAAUCAUAACCCUGACACACACUCUCUGUACGCCUGAUAACCACACUGCUUUUCAAACACGUUUCAUUGCAUUUCAGUAUUCCUUUGAUCAUGUCAGAUGAUUAAAAUGCUUUCUGCCUAUACCACUUAUUUGUUGUAUGACACCGAAAAUCUCUCACCAAUGAAUAAAAGAAAGUUGUGGAGA